GGAGCAUGUAUAGUUAGGGGUAGGGAGGGGGUGGGAGGGGAGGGUGAGCCGUCUUCCACGCCUUUGUCCAUCCCAGUUCCCCUCAACAUUCUUCUCGGGUCCUCCUUCAUGUUUUUCUUUUCGUUACUCAAAACUCCAAAUGGCAUCAAGGCGGCGAGAGAAACGAAAACUCUGCCUCGUGGCGGAGCCCUCCAGCGGCAGCGACGCCGACACCAAAAACAACAACACCAGCAAGAAACUCCGCGACUCGCACGACGCCGCCGCGGAGCCCUCCAGCGACACAACCAAGACCAGCAACAGAAAGAGACUCCGCGGCUCGCACGACGCCGCCGCGGAGCUCUCCAGCGACACAACCAAGACCAGCAAUAGAAAGAGACUCCGCGACUCGCACGACGCCGCCGCGGAGCCCUCCAGCGACACAUCCAACACCUCCAGCAGCAAGAGACGCCGCGUCUCGCACCACGCCGCCGCGGAGCCCUCCAGCGACACAACCAAGACCAGCAAUAGAAAGAGACUCCGCGACUCGCACGACGCCGCCGCGGAGCCCACCAGCGACACCACCAACACCUCCAGCAGCAAGAGACUCCGCGGCUUGCACGACGCCGCCGCGGAGCCCUCCAGCGACACCACCAACACUAACACCAGCAGCAAGAAGUCUGAGGUGGCGGCGCCUGACGGCAGCUCGGGGCGGGGCCCAAGUCCUGGCGGGCAGGAGGAAGGGAAGGCACCCGACGCGUCCUCCGGCCCCGCCAAGAAGCGGAAGGCCUCGUCCUCCGGCCCCACCAAGAAGCUGCGGUGUUGCCGCCGCUGCCUGCAGCUCACCAGAGGGGAGAGGCGGGCGUGGCGGAGCCUGAGGGCUGCCGGCGUGCCCUUGCUGACCCGCUGCGAGGUGCUGGCGAUGCACAGCGGCGAUGGGGCCAUUAUCGGCAUGGGCGGAUUCGGGAUGUGCGUGAAGGGCCGCGACCCUCGCACGGGGCACGAGGUGGUGCUGAAGUCCUUCCACAGGGAGGGCCUCGGCGCCCUGGAGCACGAGGCCGCGUCGCUGUGGGCGCUGCGCCGCGUGCCCGGCCUGCAGCGGCUGGUCGGGGCGUGCGUGCAGACCAACCAGCUGGUGAGCCUCUUCGCCGGGGAGAGCCUCUACAAGUACUUCGGCGCCAAGCCUCGCCGCCCCGCCGCCGCCGCCCUCGGCGUGUUCCAGCAGGCGGCCCGCACGCUGCAGGCCAUGGGCGAGGCGGGCUACGCCCACAACGACGUCAAUCCCGGCAACGCGUGCGCGCGGGACCAGGAGGGGCGCGGCGGCCCCGAGGUCACCGUGAUCGACGUGGGCAUGGCGUCCCCCGUGGGCUCCGGCGGCCACUUCAGACAGGUCUCGGACCCGUACUGGCUCCCCUGGGUGGCCCCGGAGCUGCUGCUGCACACGGGGCCGUGCGGCGAGUCCAGCGACGCCUACGGGCUGGCCUUCCUCAUGGACGAGGUGCUGGAAAGGGUGACGCACAGCCCCUCGCUGGGCCCCGUCCUUGCCUGGGUGGACCGCGCCAGCAGCCGCGACCCCCACGCCCGCCCCGGCCUGGCCGAACUGCAGGAGGUGCUGCAGAAGGCGCUGGCGGAGGAAGGGAUGCACUAAGGUGGCGGAGGAACAGAAGUGAUCCUGCCCUGACGGGUCCGCCCCCGCCGGGCAAGACACUCCUGACGACUCCAGAACAACAGCCGGCGAACUCUUCCUUCCUUGCUUGUUCCCUUACUUUUAUCUCUUAACACCGCCAUACUCAGAACCUCCUUUACCGCGCGCAACAAUUUGUGUUUACAGUUUACAGUGUUUGCUCGUGUCAAUGAUCUCCUCCUUUAGAUUCUUAUUCCGUC